GUAAAAGAGGAGAAGAAAGCAUCGACGGAGUCCCCACAUGGGAGCAGCAACGCUGUCUAAUCCAUGUGACAGAAUCUGCCAAAGGACGCUUUGGAAACGUUCUCAUGUCUUUAAACACAAACUGCUAAAUCCGAGGAGCUAAAAACAGAAAAACAAAAAGCCAACCGCUGGCUCAUGCAAGUGGACAGAUUUUAAAGUAAAAACACGGCUGGAGAGGGGCAGGGUUGUAUGGGUGCCAAAUCCCCGUCUAAGACACACCGCGUCUCUUCAAUCUACGGCCGCCGCCUCCCUCCUCUUCCUCCGUCCAUUUUGUCCUCCUCUGCUUUUCUCUCAUUCUCCCUCGUUCUCUCUCAUGGGAGUGACAUAGAGGCCGUUGUUUGGUCUGCUGCCCCGCCCCUUCUCCGCCUUGUCGUGGAAACGGGGGCGUCCAGGUAGUGAUGUCGUGGAAGAGGAACUACUUUGCGUCGGGCGGUGGAGCGGUAGGUGGGGUGCAGGGGCUGGUGACCCCGAGAACCAUGACCUCUAUCGCACCCAGCAAAGGCUUGAGCAACGAGCCGGGACAGAACAGCUGCUUCCUCAACAGCGCCCUGCAGGUUCUUUGGCAUCUUGACAUCUUCCGCAGAAGCUUUCGACAGCUGACCACUCAUAAGUGCAUGGAGGACUCGUGCAUCUUCUGUGCUUUGAAGAGUAUCUUUGCUCAGUUCCAGUUCAGCAGUGAGCGCGUCUUGCCUUCAGAUGCACUGCGGAGCGCUCUGGCCAAGACUUUCCAGGACGAACAGCGCUUUCAGCUGGGCAUCAUGGACGACGCUGCUGAGUGCUUUGAGAACCUCCUGAUGCGAAUCCACUUCCACAUCAGCGCAGAGAGUAGAGAGGACAUCUGCACAGCAAAACACUGUAUUCCACACCAGAAGUUUGCCAUGACUCUGUUCGAACAGUGUGUGUGUAACAGCUGUGGAGCCACAUCAGACCCCCUGCCCUUCAUUCAGAUGGUUCAUUAUAUCUCCACUACAUCCCUGUGUAACCAAGCAGUGAGGAUGCUGGAGUGCAGAGAGAAACCCACGCCGGACAUGUUUGGAGAACUGCUCCGCAACGCCAGCAACAUGGGAGACCUGCGCAACUGCCCCAGUAACUGCGGGGAGGUAUUGCGUAUCCGCCGGGUGCUGAUGAACUCACCGGAGAUUGUGUCCAUCGGGCUGGUGUGGGAUUCAGACCACUCUGACCUAGCAGAGGAUGUCAUACACAGCCUGGGAACCUGCUUGCGUCUGGGAGAUUUGUUCUACCGUGUGACAGAGGAGAGGGCUCGCCAGGCGGAGCUCUACUUGGUGGGCAUGGUGUGCUACUAUGGCAAGCACUACUCCACCUUCUUCUUCCAGACCAAGAUACGCAAGUGGAUGUACUUCGACGACGCCCACGUCAAAGAGAUCGGCCCUAAGUGGAAGGACGUAGUGUCUCGCUGUAUCAAAGGCCACUAUCAGCCCCUGCUGCUGCUCUACGCUGACCCCCGUGGGACGCCGGUGAUACUGCAGGAGAGCCCAAACCCCUGUACCAGCUCCAACCCGCAGCUGGAGCUCCAGCACUGCAGCAGCAAGGCUGGUUACGACAGUGAAGACUCUGGUCGGGAGCCAUCCAUAUCCAGCGAUACUCGUACGGACUCUUCGACAGACAGCUCGAGUCACCGAGGUUCUCGCAGCCGAUCCCUCCACCAGUCUACAGGCAGCCACCUCUCCAGCGAAUCCCAGACCACAGUGGUCUGUAAUUACGACACUGGCACACCGCCUCUUGGUGCUGACGCUGGAGAGUCAGCAGUGGAGGGUCCUCCCCGCCCUCCCUCUCCUCCGCUGCAGGAGUACAAGGAGACGGCUGUCUUCCUCCUCUCCUCCCGCAGGCCUCUGACCUCCUCUUCCUCUUCCUCCCGUCCUCUGUCCUCCUCCUCUUCUUCCGGAGUUGGGGGCUGUGAGGGGGGGAUUGGGGGUCCCCACUGGGAGGAUGAGAGCACUAGCAGUGAGAGCAAGUCCAGUUCUUCUGGAGGCCGCUACAGGCCAACUUGGAGGCCCAGGAGAGAAGCGCUGAACAUCGACAGCAUCUUCACCCGACAGAGAGGCUCCUCUGUGGGCUAUAACACUGUGCCUGGCCCGCCUCUCCCUCCAGGGCCUCAGGACUCACUCCCUUUAGAGGGACCUGCUCCACUGCUGGGAUUGCAAGAAGUAGAAGCCAGAGAAGUUGGGGAGUUGGAGGCGGGGUUUGGGCUGGUUGGGCAGCCCAGGUCUCUGGGCAGCGGGCGGACGAUGGGUCCCCCUGCCCCUCCACCUCUGAGAGGGGUGGAGCACCAGCCACGUCUGAUUCAGAGGAUGGAGAGUGGCUACGAGAGCAGCGAGAGGAACAGCAGCAGCCCCGACAGGGAGGUGGGGCAACAAAAACGGGUGCUGAUGUCAGGUCCUUCAUGGCGUUCAGUGCCUAAAUCCAAGAGCAGCAGUGCCAUCCUGCAGGAGCUGCCCCCACCUACUUGGAGUGGUGGCACUAAUGCAGGCCCAGGGCGUAGUGAGCUAGACGAGCUUCAGGAGGAGGUAGUGAGGAGAGCCCGCCUGCAGGAGCAGCAGAAGCGAAGGGAGGCGGAGCGGGAGGCAGCCAUGGGAUUUAAUCCCAAACCCAGCAAGUUCAUGGACCUGGACCAGCUCCAACACCAGGCUGUGCUCAGACCCCUGCAUGAGGCUAACGCUCAUAGCGGAUUGGCUGUAGCUGCGUGCAUGAGGAGCACUGGGGCCCCAAUCAAACGCAGGCAGGAACAGGAAACGGAACGGGAGACAGGAAGCGCCCGCCCACAGGGCCCACGCAGUGAACAGCCUGGCCCGGUCCAAGUACUGCUGACGCCCAAUCAGGAGGAGGAAGAGGACCAGGCAACGCCCAACAGGGAUGCUGCUCUGGGCCAAGGCCAGAACCCGCCCCCUCCGCCCUAUCGCCCCCCUCCCCCUCGACCCCCGCUCACCCUCAGCAUCGCUCACCCUUGCGCACCUUCCAGCCAAGGGGAGGAGGAGGAUGGAUGCGCGGGCAGGAGAGGGGAGGAGGGGGAGGAUGGGAGGGAGGGGACAGGGGUGAGGCUGUGUGAGUUGCUGCAGGCAGGGGGGGUGAGUGUCAGACCACUGGGGAAGCACUUAGCCAUCUCUCUGCCCUCGCUUCCUCUGCAUCUCUGGGAUACACAAGUCACACACACCUCACACUCCGCACACCUUGAACCCACUCACGCACAGCCUCCCCCACCUCCUCCCCCUCCGACCUCUAAUCCACCCCUGUCUUCCCCUCUGGAAGCCUCCGGGCAAAGGAAACCUCUCACGCCGCUCUGGCAACCACCGCGGCCCCAUUCCCCCGCGGGCACUGCUCAGCAUUGGCCGAGGGAAGAAGCUGCUUCAGAGACACGUCAUUGGUCCUCCUGGAGUUUGGACCGCCCCGACGCAGUGGUGACGCCGUAUGAGACACCCCCAGACCGCUGCAUUCCCAUCAGGCCGCAGGCAUCCAGUCAAAACUACAGCUACAGUUGCCAGUCCUCUCCAGGUCACUACAGCUCCCAGCAUACCCCAGGGCGACACAGUAAUCCCUGCUGUGACCGCAAAGAGGCUGAGUUUUCUGAGCUUGAUUCCCUUUACCAGGCCAGUCUGCAGGCUGGAAAGACAGGCUGCAGCCCAUCGGAGAGGCUCAUAUCCAGGGUGGGAGGGCAGGCUCGCUCCAAGACCCCCAACGCAGACAUGGAGAGGAGUGCGUACGGGGCGGACUGCACCAGCACCCCCACCUACCUCAACAAGCCAAUGAUGUUGCGGGAUUUUGGGGUGGAGCCUGAUGAUGGGGAAAACCUGAGGAGAAUUGGACGCAGCCUGAGCGGCACAGUAGUGACCUCGCGCCGCAGCCGCCUGACUGCAACCCGCAGCUUUGAGCUGUCGGACAGUUCAGGGAGUUUCUGGCUGUGUCUGACGGGGGUCAAGCUUUCCUCAGACCAUGGUCCUUCAGUGCUUCACUAAUAUCUUACCGCAACCCGUCCACGUGGGUCCACAACCGCUUCACCUUGACGGACCUGGAAUCGGCUCAGGAGGAUCGACUCAGCUCCUAUCCCGUUCCUCCUCCUCCUCCUUCAAACGACAUGCACACGCAAACACAUGCACGCACACAUGCACAUCUGCACUGACGUAGAGCCUCCCUCAGCGCCUGCAGCACCCUGCUUUAGCCCUUUCUUGCCUUCCUCCCUUCCUCCUCCCCCUACUAUUCUGUCUAUGCAGUCACUCUGACCCCCAACUACAACCUCAACCUUUCCCCCUACUUUCCGGGACUGUUUCUCGUCUCCCCCUGGGGUUUUCAGAGGGUUUCCAGGUGAGCUUGCUGCUUUUAGCAGUCGCUCACCAGCCGCAUCCAACUAGGACUAGAGCUCUCAGUAGACUCGCCCUCCAACCCACAGGACCUUUAGCUCAGGGGGGGACUCUAACCAAGUAGCCACGCCUCUUCCUCUCUCUUCACGGGCAUUUCUUGUUGGACGCACACGUAGCUGAACUAGGUCUGUUUCAGAUGGACAGCCAUAUUUUUUUCUCUUUUUGUUUUUGGGUUUGUUUUUCUUCCUGUGUGUGCGCACAGUUAAUCUGCCGAGACUGAACUCUCUAAUAACUAAGUCGUGUACAGAAAACUCACAUAUGAAACCUGUAUGUUAAUUAAUAAGACCUUAUGGAAUGUUGAUAAUGAUAAUUAACAAAUAUUGAUAAACUUAAAGUGAUACUUCCUCAUGUCUGCAUUUCAAAUAGGAGUGGAGUGCACUUCACAAGUGUCUAGCUGGAGUUUCUGCCCCCAAACCGCUCGCCGACCUAAUGACAGCUCUCCCGUUUCUACCGGGAGCUUGAACAAGAAAAGCGCUUCCUUUUUUCUCUGCUUCUUUCCCUCUUCUUUUCUUUCUGCUCUUCUUUUCUUGCUCUCUUAUAUUCUCGCUUGCUUUCUUUGUUCCAAACAGGAAACAGUAGCACCAGAAAUAGGCCAGCAGCGGAGGAAAGUCUAGAAGGAAUGAGAGAAUGUAGGUUAGGAAACCCCUUCUCUUAGGCUUUUAACAAUGAAAACAGAUGACUCAAGUGCACUUUGCAAGGUGACUCGGCAGAAGUGCACUUUCUGAAGGCUAUUUGAACGCGGAGCAGCUGGAGAGAAGUCGAUGCCGUUUGUUUUCACUCCAAGGCCUCAGGUGAACUUCAGUGACACUUAUGAAUUCACACUUUAUUAUUCCCCUCCCUCCUCCCACUGAAACUGGUUUUGAGACCUCAGAUGUGUUCAGAAAAAUGCUCAUCUUCAACCUGAGACAGUGACAUGUCUAAUAUGAACAUGCUUUAUACGAUAGAUAUGUAUUAGAGGUAUAUUUUCAGCCAGUGAGCUAUCAGAGAUGUCAACCAUUCCUCAGUUGUAUGAACAGUUAUUACGACUUAAUUCACUCUUCCCUUUAUUGGGUAGCAUUCUGACGUGUGUAGAGUACUUUUAUUAUAUGCUUUAUUCUGUUAAAUAUCGUAUAAACUAACAAAGUCCUUAUUAAACAAAAGGCCAAUGUAAUGUUCUUUAAGAAUUCACUGAUGUUGAUUGAACGUUGUAACUAAACCAAAGGAUGGCACCUAACUCAGAGAGUUAAAGUAAGAAUUUAUUUUUCCAUUUAGGUUCAGAUUUUGUGGUUGUAUUUUUGUUUUUUUCUUUGUUUUUUUUUUUGUUUUUUUUUUUUUGUUUGUUGUUGUUUUUUUGGAUGUGGGAGAAUGUAGCCAAUUGUAGCGCAUGAGUCCGCUAUGCAAAUCAACCUUCCCUCACAGUCCUUUACUGGAGACAGUCAGGAGGCAGACACGCCCACCCCUCACGGGUGCUCUCAUGGACUCUGGCAGAGACACGGAGAGGAGGAAGAGAAGAUCUCAUGUUUAUUGCUGCUGGUGAACUUUGUUGUUCUGCAUCUACUGCUAUGUUUCAACCAAUGGAAUGCAAAAAGACAGCAACGAGGACGCAGAGAGCAAGAGGGAGAAAGAGCGAAUGAAUGUAAACUAAAGGAUGAAAGUGUGUGUUUGCGUUAGAGGAGGGUGGGAAGCUAACUGACAAAGAUGGUUAUUUGUGGGUGUGUGUAGACUUUAUGUGUCAGUUCUGGGGUGGUGUUGCUCGGGGAAAGAGGGAACCUGUAUUUUUGCAAUAAAGUUAUUAACAAUGCACUCCCAAAGGGGGCGUAACCACCGUAA